GCCAUAGCCGCGGCUUCCACAGCAACCGCCCUCCCGGCACGGCUACGACCCGGAAGGAGCCGGGCGUCCAGGGGGCCGGCCGGCGACUCGAGAUUCACUUCCGGGUCGGGGCAGAGCUGGCUUUCACGUGGAGGCGGGGAAGAUUGGCCUGCGGAAAUGAUCACCAAAACCCACAAAGGAGACCUGGGCCUUGGGCUCCCAGAGAAAAAGAAGAAAAAGAAGAAGGUGGUCAAAGAACCAGAGACUCAAUACUCAGUUUUAAACAGUGAUGCUUAUUUCAGUGAGAUCUGUUCCACAAGAGCCACAUCCCCUUCGAAGAGUGUGGUCCUAGAGCAGGCAUCUGAGAUGCCUCUAAUGAAGAAAAAGAAGAAAAAGAAGGGCCACAGCACCCUCUGUGAGGAGUGCCUAGAACCUGAGACUGUGUUACGUGCUGGAUGGACAGGGAAGUUGUCCAGCUCUAGGAAGCAGGCUCUUGGUUCAUCUGAAUUUCAAGGUGGGGAGAAGAAAAAGAAGAGAAAGUCCUUACGGCCUCUGGCCAUGUCCCCUGCCUCAAGAGUGAAGAUCUCCCCAGACCCCAAAGAGGAUGAGGAGGUGACCAGAGUUGGCAAGAAACCCAAAAAGCACAAGAAGGAGAAAAAGACCCAGGAGGCUACAGCCUCCUCAGCCAAGGACCCUUGGUUCUAUGAGUCUGGGGAUGCUCUAUACACUUGUUCAGUGGGGAAGGAUGGCGAGGAGCAGGCAACCUCAGGGCAGAAACGAAAGCAGGGGAGCCCCAGAGAAUGCAAUGUGAAGAUGAAGAAGAAAAAGAAAAUCCACCAGAAGGGAGAUACUUCUCUAGGGCACCUUGAGUGCUCCAAGUCUGUAGAGAGAAGCCCUAGGAAAGGAAGUAAGAAGCUAGUCAAAAUUGAGGCUCCAGAAUAUAUCCCAAUAGGACAUAACCCCAAAACCCCUGCAAAGAAGAAAAUGAAGUCCAAGAAAAAGACAGAGCAGCCAGGGAUUGAGGAACCAGCUUUGAAGAGGAAUAAAAAGAAGGGGAAAGAGAGCAGGGUAGCAGGAGAAUCUUGGGAAGAGGAGCCUGACACAGACUUAGAGGUGGUGUUGGAAAAGAAAGGCAACAUGGAUGAGGCGCACAUAGACCAGGUGAGGCGAAAGGCCUUGCAAGAAGAGAUCGAUCGUGAGUCAGGCAAAACAGAAGUUUCUGAACCAAAGAAGUGGACAGGAACUCAGUUUGGCCAGUGGGAUACUGCUGGUUUUGAAAACGAGGAACAGAAAUUGAAAUUUCUCAAACUUAUGGGUGGCUUUAAAAACAUGUCCCCUUCAUUCAGCCGCCCCUCUAACACAAUUGGAAGGCCCAACAUGGCUCUCAACAAGAAGGCAGCCGACGCCCUGCAGCAGAACCUGCAGCAGGACUAUGACCGGGCCAUGAGCUGGAAGUACAAGCGUGGUGCUGGCCUCGGCUUCUCCUCUGCUCCAGACAAAAUCUUUUAUAUUGACAGGAAUGCUUCCAAGUCCAUCAAGUUUGAAGAUUAAAGUCUACUACUGUCUAGUCCUUCAAAACAGCCAAAAUUGCUUUUAUUAUUCAGUUAUGCAGUUGGAAGCCAUCUGACAACUGUCUCAAAUCACACCUCUGCAGAGAUUAAGGAAAACUAUGCCCAUGUGCUUGGAUGAACUGGGGUCAGGGAGCUCAUGUUUCAGAAGCCAAGAGGACAUAUGAGUGGCUGACACCUCCUGUUUUCUGUAUUAAGAUUCCAUCCCUAUUUGAAGACAUCAGCAUAUAUAAAUAAUAGCUGAAUUUGCUCAGUGCUUAGUAUGUGCCAGGUACGUACUACUGUGUUUCCCUUGCAUUAAUGUAGUUAGUAAUUAUGAAAUAGGUGCUAUUAUCCCCAUCUUACUGAUGAGGAAACUGAGGUUCAGGGAUGAAGUAAUAAAAUUGCCUGGGUUCACUCAACCAGUAAGUGCCAAUUGUUGGACUUUUGUACCCCACAUCCUGUGUCACUUUUCACUACUACAGAUGUCCCCUUCUAGGGAAUUUCACCAAGAAUACCCAUGGGGGAUGAAAAUCUCUUAAUUAAGAGACAGAAGUUUUGUUAGAUGUUUAAAUCUCAAAUAGGAAGUAGAAUUGAUGGUGAACAGUUAAGAGCAAGCUCAUUUUCUUUUCCCAUCCUGGAGUAGCUGCAGACAAAAAGGGUCACCACCAAGCAGAUGUGGCUGACCUGCUGCUGUUGGGAAAUGUGUUUCUAAACCAAUUUUGCCUUUUCUGGCUGCCUGCCUUCCAUCCUCAGUGUUGAGCUUGGAUUUAAUCUUUAUGCUGUAACUGAAUUCUAACCAAGCCAUUUUAUAGAGACUGUUAGUCUUAAUGAACCAAUGGCAAAUUCCCAGGCAUAUGUUUAUUAGAAUCUUUGUGACCAUAAGAAAGAGAAUCCUAGCAGACUUCUCUGAUGGAAGUCCAGUGCCAGGAGGCCUGCAUGUGUGGGGAUGACACAGGAAGUUGUCUCAUCAUGAUACUGUUAACAUGCCUAUACUCUACAACCAGCCUCACAGAGCUCCAGGUAUAGUGACUUGAGUGACAAAUGACCACUCUCUCCAUUCACCUAGCACUUUGCUUUUGAAAAUACAGGUUCUGAGUGGGACAUUUUCACAUCACUUGGCCUAAAUGCCUCCUAUAGACAUUCCAGCUCAGGCAGGCCUAACUAAAUAGCCAGCAUACUCAGUCUCUCACUGAGCAGGAAGUCCUGAUGUGUAGGGGGUUGAUUCAGCAACUCAACAAGGAAACAUUCUUUUCCUUUCUGCUCCCUUCAUCCUGUUGGCUUCAUCAGGCUGCUGAAAGAAUGGCUGUAGCAAUCCUAGGGAGGAUUUUAAGAUACUAAAACAUUCUAGAGGAAAAAGAAAAACCUUAUGGCCCAAGGAAAGUUCCAGAAGACCUUUUAUCAUAAUUCCUUGCCUAGUAGUGGGUCAUAUACCCAUUUCUGACCCAUCCCCUGGCAUGUGAAGGAAGAUGCUCCUCAGGCUAGUCAUAAAGGAAGAGUGAGGAGUUGACAAGACAAACAUGGAGUCCACUACUAUCCCGCUGGGCAGAGGUGAGGCAGGCUGGCCUGGGCCCCAACUAAUAAGCAUUGGCCAAGUCAAGAGUCAUACAAAUCUAUGCUAGCGAUGUUUCAGGUGGGCCACUUCACUCACAAUGUGAAUUGGGCCUUUGAUGGAUUCAGCCUUGAGGUACAUAGUGGAAGAGGCCUUCUAAAUGCCCGGAAGGUAAGGUUCUGUAGUUGAGUUAGCUCCUUCAGAGCACCUUGUCCUUUCACAGGGGGCUAAAUCUCUCCAGGCCUUGAUCAACACUACAGGAAUUCACUCGCUGUACUGACUGCUUCUCUAAUUGUUUUCAACUUGCCAAGAGAUCACACUACAGUUUGGGCCUGACUUGGCUUGUCAGGAAGGAUUGUGCUCAGCCAUCUCUUGGGUGAUUCAGGAGAGAACCUAAUCAGUUGCCCACUCUCUUGUCCCCAUAGUGAUAGUUCUCAUUAGCAUGUGAUGGUCAGGCCUCUCCCUGUCAUUUCGUAUAAAUAGCCUGUGUAAUAGGAUUUGACUUUCAAACUUAACGUAUCACCGUUGGCUGAGGAGGUCUACACUGGCUCGGGGAAGGUUUACUGUGGUUUGUUUCUGAAGCAGGGUCUAGCCAGAGCAGGUUGAACAGCCAAGACAGCAAGAUGGCCAGUGGGCUCAGUGGGCUUAAUCUUGGUCUGCACCGACAGGAGCAACAGAGACGCCAUUUCUCAGGUGAGCCCGUCUCUGCCCUGCAGCAGGCUGCAGUCCCGGAAGCAUUUACACUCUGAGCUUCCUGUGGGAGCUGGGCUCCUCUCCUCUGUAAAGGAAACAGCAAUGGCUUGUGCCACCUCUGCCCCUUUCCCCCAUGUCCAGUGCCAUCAGUCUGCAAGGGUUUUUUGGGAACGAUUUCCUAGGUUCUUGAUGUCUUGAUUCUGUGUAAAACACAGCAUGUCUCCACUGCAGCAGGUGGUUUGGGGAGUUUUACUCAGAUUCGGGGCAGGAGAGGUCUGGUGUAUAGCACAGCCAAGGUCCUAGUUGAAUAUUUAACAGCCCUGUUCUCACACGUGUUGGCUCUUUCUCCUUGGGGAUUUCUCACUCAACUGAGCGUACUUCUGAGGCAGGGUCCUUCCCUCCUUAGAGUGCCCUUAUCUACGUGUCUCUGAAACCCCAUGAUUCUUAAUCACUUUAUUCUCUGGGCUGAUUCCUGCUGUUUCUGCCUUAGCCCAUUGGCCCUGGCUAAAGACUUCCUUUCCAUGACUAGACUGACCCAUCAAAAGUAUUUGCUAGAUAGACAAAGUUCUCAUCUAAAAGAAAUUGUGUAUUCAGCUCUACAAACUUAGAAUUAUUCAGGUUUGUGAUUGGCAGAUUAAUGACCCCUGGCCCAAGAUGUCCAUGUCCUAGUCACUGGAACCUAUGGAUAUGUUAGGGCAAAAAACAAAAGUGAGUUUGGGGUAGCAGAUGGAAUUAUAGUUGCUAAUCAGCUGACCUUAAAAUAAGAUUAUCCUGGAUUGUCUGAGGGCCCGAUGCCAGGUCCUUAACUGUAGAAGAAGAGGGAGGCAGAAAUGUAGAAGAGGCUUGUAAGAAAAACUUGACAAGCUGUUGCUGGUUUUAAGAUAAAGGAAUGGACCACAAGCCCAGGAAUGCAGGUAGCCUCUAGAGCUAGAGAAGGCCAGAAAAUAGAUUCUCCCCCAGAGCCUCCGUCCUCCAGAAGGAAUAAAGCCCUGCACACCUUCAUUUUGAGGGUAAAGCCCCCUGAGACCUUUGGACUUAGGACAAAUAGAUCCACUGGGUGAUAAAAUUGUGUUGAUGGAAGUCUCUAAGCUUGUGGUAAUCUGUUAAAGCAGCAAUAGAAAAGUAAUGUAGGUCUCAUGCAGAACUUUUCCUUGUUUUUCUUAUUUCCUAAAACUCUUAGAAUUUUUAUUGUUCCAUUGUCCUUUGUAAUGACAGUAGACUUUAUCCCCCGUAGGCUGUGGUUUCCAGAAGCUGGCUAAUUGAUUCAGUAAUGGGCUGAGGUAAAACCACAAAAGAUCAUAGAAAAUCUAAGCCUUAAAAAAGAAAAAGAAAAUCUAAGCCUUUGCCCUGGACUAGGUGACAGAUGGUUCCAAAGCUCCUUUGGUGUAAUGCACACUCAACCCAAUACGGAAGUCCUAACUCAUGUCAAUCUAAAAACAUUAGGUUACUCAGGCUUGGGAAUGAACUCUGUCUAAUGUGGGCAGCCUCAGAGUAGGAGAAAGGACUUAAAGCGGAUGAUUUGUGAAUUUGCCAAUUGUGUUUCAUUUAAAUAGUAUCUUAUAAUAACAGUGGUAUAUGAAAUAAUUUUAAUGGAGAUAAUUUUGUGAAAUAAAGGUCACUUGGUAAUAUUUGAGCAGUA